AUGGAUUUAAGUGAUGAUGAAGAAUUUUAUGAUUCUGAUCAGAGUGAUGUGGGCGAACAAAGUGUACACACUAUGCUCAGUAAAACUCUUUACGAUAAAGAUAAUCAGUAUGAAGAAUAUGGAGAACACAUUGCUGGCGAAGAAGAAGCAUUAGGCAGUGUACAAGAGGAAGUACUUGGUAAAGUCACCGAUGAUACUGGUCAAGAAGAAGUUGCUCUAGGUCCAGUAUGUAGUGAGAUAGAAGAUACAAAUGAAAAAUCAAUAGAGCCAGAUUCAAAAUUUGUUAAAAAAUUAGAAGAUGCUGAAGAAGUAGUUUUAACACCAGAAGUUAUAGGCGAGUUAGAAAACAAACAUUUUUUUGAUGGUCUUGAUGAUGAUAAUUUUGAACCAGUAAAAAAAAAACAAAAACUAAGCAAUGAAGAUAGUAAUAAUGCAAAUCCUCAUAAAACUAUUGUUAUGCAUAUACCCCAAUUCAUUCGUUGUAGCAAAGGUGGUCAAUCUAUUCAAGUCCAAAACAUUGUAUGUGGUGCAAACAUGGGAUGUCCUUUGGAUUUGGUAAGAAUAGUCAUGUGGACUAGUAAUUCUGAAUAUAAUCCACAGCGAUUUAAUGGACUAAUUAUGCGUCUUCGUACACCCAAUGUCACCAGCCUAUUAUUUCCAUCGGGCAAAAUGAUCAUGCAAGGUGCUAAGGAUGACCGAACUGGAAAUUUAGGAUGUCGAAAAGUAGCAAAAAUUUUAGAACGACUUGGACACAAUGUACAAUUUUAUGACUAUACAGUUCAUAAUAUUGUAUGCACCUGGGAUGUUGGUUUCCCAAUAAUGUUAGAAGAAUUAAAUACUGCUCACUCACAGUUUACCAGCUUUGAGCCAGAAGUAUUUCCUGCGUUAAUUUAUCGGAUGGUCAAACCAAGAGCCGUGUUUUUAAUGUUUGUAAAUGGAAAAGUAGUUCUAACAGGUCUUAAAACAAAAGCAGAUAUAAAAGAAUCUGUUUUUUUAAUGCAAGAUGUAUUAAACAAUUUCAGAAAAACUUGA